CUUUAAGAGAAUUCACCUCACCUGGACACACCUGAGCUCAACUUCCGGAGAGCCGCAGCAAAGGACCGGAAACAACAACAGGAGAAGAUCACUUCGUCACGACAGGCAUGUCUCUGCUGACUGAAGAUGCCCAGUGCCCAACAGGAAGUACCAAGAUGCAGGACAGUGGGGGGCUGGAGGAGGAGGAGGGGGGGGUGAGGUCGGCUUUGGUGGAGCCUGACACCCUGCAGUGGCCCGGGAGCAGACCCACAGGUAAAGGUGACCAGAGGAGGUCUGCAAGUUGGACAGAAAGUGAGAGAGGGCUGAUGGCAGAGGGAGAGAGGAGGGGUGGUCAGAGGGGAGAGGAGGGGGCGGAGCCUGGAGGGAACCACCUGCCAGAGAAAGCUGCUCAGGUGUUCAGUCCCGCGGUCACCGUCCUUCACUCCCCGUCCUCGCCCAGAGGCAGCGAGGCGCUCUGGGAGAUGGAGUCUGAGAAGAGCCCCUUCCUGGAUUCCCAAGGGGUCGCUCAGGACUACAACCAACAUGGCUACCGGUACGAGUGGACCGAGGACACGCCCCCUGGCACGUGUGGGCGGGGCUGUCCCAGCCGGGACAUCCUGAAGGUGGGCGUGUCCCUGAUCACCUCAGCGCUCUUCUUCCCCCUCCUGGUGUGGGGGGGGUUUGUCUUCCUGCCGUUUGACGCCCCGCUGCUGGACGGCGCCCCCCCCCGGCUCGUCUACACGCUGCGCUGCUCGGUGUUCGCCGCCGCCCCCAUCGUCCUCGGUUGGCUGGUGCUUGGUGUCAGCCGCCUCCGGUCGGGGGAGCUCCGCCCCUUGUUCCAUGACGAGGGCAAGGAGGCGGAGCUCCACGAAGUCACCGUCCAUCAGCGCUUCGUUUCUGACUCCGCGUCCUUGUUCCUGAUCUACUUUCUGCAGCUGGUCGUCAUGGCGAUGUACUUGACACAAGACCAGCUGAAGCUCAUCCCGCUGUUGACCAUUGUCUUCGCCCUCGGCCGGCUGGUUUACUGGGUGGCCGCAGCGUUCAGCAGCAGCAUCCGGGGCUUCGGCUUCGGCCUCUCCUUCCUGCCAAGUCUCGCCAUGAUGGCCGCCAACUUCUACUUCAUCUUUUCUGUGGAGGCGUCCGGCUCCGUCUUCGUCCUCCCGUCUCCUGCCGAGCUGCUGCCGACUCCACCCGCCGGCAGACAGAGGUUCUGGGGAUGAGAUCAGCUGAUCGACUCGCUUCAGUCCAGUAGUUAAAACACAAACAAACUUUGAAACAGAAGAAAAAAGUUCUAUGAAAUGUCUGCAGACAAAAGAUUUGUCAAAUCUUUUCACUGAUAUUACAAAUUUAAGGCUCAAUAAAAAAAGUUUUAUUCUUCACAAUAAAAGUAUUUAAUCCACUUUUAGAAUCCAGAUGAACUUUAUAUACAAUGUACACAUUCUACACAGUACAGUAUGUAUUGGUGUAUAUAUCAUAAAUACGUGUUCACCCCUUCA